AUGAUAAAUGAACAAACUUACAAAAUCCCAGUAUUUACCAUACACAAUCUUGAUGUAGUUGAUUAUGAUAUUAUUAUAUUUGAUGAGCUGUUUUAUAGUGAGCUCAUCAACAGCAGAUAUAGGUUUAGAGAAGAUAUGUUGAUUUUGGUGACUUGUAGCCUAGAUCUUUGGUUGUACGAUAAAGUCAAUAACGUGUUCCCCAAUGCAGUAAUGGCGGUAUACUCUGACAUACAGUGUAGAAAACUCACUUCAGACACAUUUCAAGUCAUCAAGAACGGGUACAAGGUGAUAUUCGGUGUUCUUUCCCGUGGUCAUAUCAAAUCUCAAUUGCUUACAGUUUCCAACUUUAACCAGAAAGGUGUAGUAUUUCUGGAUUUGAAAAGAGUUAUGAAAUGCCACAAUAACAUGCUCAUUGUGUUAUCACCAGCAUCGUUUCAAUUCUUUCGGAAGCUUGUUUGGAAGAGUAUCAUCAAAACUGUUUGUUUCCACUGUUUAUCCAUAAUAUUUGAAGAUUAUGAUUACUUGAAAUUGACCCAAAUGCCUGAUCUGUUGCCAAUCCUUAAAGGUAGUUUCAAUGAAAUCCUUGCCCUUAUCAGCGUGUCAGAUACCACUGACUUCCCUUUACCUCAAACUGACGAAUGUGUUAAAUUGUUACAAAUCAUGACUUUGACAGAAACCAACCUUCUGUUGAGUUUGAAGUCUCUCCACCAUACCAAACCUUUCUUGGAUGCAAAUGUAAGGUAUUACAACUUCACCAAUGGGUUCGAACUCGGGAUAAGUCCUCUUUUGAGUAAGUUAUUGAGUGAUUGUCAAGAAAAUGGUCUAACCACUCCAUUCUUACAAUCUAUAAGUUACCUUAUCCGUGUUAUGAGACAAAGAGAAGUUAGUCCAAUGCUUAGAAGAAAAUCGUUGACCAAGAAGACCACAGUUAAUGGAAUCACUCCGGAGAAUAACAUGAUGAAUUUCCCACCAUUUAAUCCUUUACCUUUACCCAAUCCCGUACUAAAGAGUUAUCCGUUGAUCAUGAUGGUUAAACAGGAGAGUGAUAAUGAAUCUAUUGUAAGUAUAGAUCCAUUAGUUAAGGAAGUUUACGAGGAAACAUUCUAUGAUUCUAGAGAAGGUGGGAGCCAACCAGGCAAUAUGCAAUCUUCUGGUUCUACACUUCAUCAGCCAAGUGUACUGUCUACGGUAGCACAGCAUGCAAUUGCACCAGUACCCGCGUUACCUCAUACAAACCUCAAUUAUGUCCCACAACAAGCCAAUAUACCUUUUUCAGGACCUUUGGCUCCUACUUUACCCAUUCAAUAUUCUUCGGUACCAAUGCCUCAGACAGCAAUGCCAUUCACAAAAUUACCGAAAUAUCAUCAUCUACCCUAUUUGGAUAAACUGUCUAGUGCCAAAUUGAAGGAAUAUCAUGAUAAAGUCAUGGAAUCAGUGAGAUACAAUCCCCUUGAACUGCCUAGCAGAUAUGGUAAAUAUGAUACGUCUAUGGUUUUACUGAAGAAGAAGUGA